CUACAGGUUGCAUCACCACUAAGGAACUUGGAACCGUGAUGCGUUCGUUGGGACAAAAUCCAACUGAGGCUGAGCUUCAAGACAUGAUCAAUGAAGUUGAUGCUGAUGGAAAUGGAACCAUUGACUUCCCCGAGUUCCUUAACUUAAUGGCUCGGAAGAUGAAAGACACUGAUUCUGAGGAGGAGCUCAAGGAAGCUUUCAGAGUGUUUGACAAGGAUCAGAAUGGAUUCAUUUCUGCAGCUGAGCUACGCCAUGUCAUGACAAACCUAGGCGAGAAGCUUACAGAUGAAGAGGUUGACGAGAUGAUUCGUGAAGCUGACGUGGAUGGUGAUGGACAGAUCAACUGUCACACCCCAAAUCUGGAUGCGAUGGCACGUGUCCAUUUCCCACCGGACACGUCAGCCUAA